AAUAAAAUAACGUAAAAGCAGACCCCAGAAAAAAAAAUCUUGUAAAAACAGGAACUUAUGUCAAGACCUCACACUUCAGAUAAACUGAUCAUUACCUUCAAAUACAAGUGUGGACAUGAGCAACAUAAAUGAGCUGUCAGGACAUGUUCAUUCUUACAUGAUAAUAUACUUUUUCUAUUGACCUACUGUCAAUUUUAAUGAUGCAUUGAUAAGAAACGUAAGAGAUAUUGUUCAAAAUAAAAAAGCAAACAUUGAACGGAUACUGCACUAGUUGCGUAAUAUAUUCUUGGAUUGCCAGGCUGCAUACUUCUCAUCACCAAGUGUGGUUGUGUGUGCCAGAACAAUCAGGAAAAUCAGGUUCUAUGGCAUUUGUUUGCUUUAAAUGUGACCGUCCCACAUCUUACAAGGCUGAAGUUGCAGACUUGAACUUUCCACUGCGUGUAUCUCAGGAGGAGGACGAUGACCAUCCAAGACUUGUCGAUUGAGUAUGACGCCGUCAACAGCAAGAACACGUUCACCAAUGGAGACACCAUCAACGGAAGAGUGGUUCUGCAGGUUUCCAAAGAAACCAAAAUCCAGUCACUCGUUUUUGUGGGGAAAGGAAAAGCUCGAGUCGUCUGGCACGAACAUCACGGGCAAAAUCAACACCGUGUUUUCUGGGCGGAUGAGAGAUAUUACGAGGUGAAACAUCACAUGAUAAGAGAAGCGAGACAAGAUGGUACUGAAGUGAUCACUAAAGGAAGACAUGUGUUUCCCUUUUCCUUCAAGAUCCCCGACGGAAAUAUGCCUUCAAGUUUCAAAUCCAGCAUCGGUAAAGUGGUGCAUAAACUGAGGGCCGAGCUCAGGCAGUCGAUGAAACUGACAAAGAAGUCCCAAGUCCACUUCACGUUCAUCUCCAAAGCAGACAUGAAUAUGCCGGGACUCAUGGAGCCGCAGUCUGGCUGCAAGGAUAAGUCUCUCCUUUUUGGAUCUGGGAACGUUUCAGUAGAUGUUCACACCAAGCGGAUGGGAUACAAGCAAGGCGCGCCUUUAAAAGUCACCGUGGAGAUCGUGAACCACUCGAGUCGCGAGGUGAAGCCCAAGUUCGUGCUGUACGAGAAGAAGAGUUACUUUGCCCAGGGUCGCAGGAGAGUUCACACUAACGAUAUCCUUAAGGACAAGGUAGACGCUGUCGCCUCCUCAGGCAGAGAGACGGUCACCAAGGUGAUGGCCAUCCCGAAGGAGCUGCCUCCCUCCAUCAUCAACUGCUCCAUCAUCAGGCUAGAGUACAGGCUGAAGAUCUACCUGGACAUCAAAUGUGCCAAAGACCCUACGAUCAAACUCCCCAUAAUUGUUCUACCUGAUUUUUCUCAGGAAAAACACAAGACGGCCCCUGAUGGAUUUGGCUCUGAAACAUUUGGGAACUCAAAUCCACCGGCCUGGAGUUCCGUACCCCAACCCCUGUAUCCCCAACCUCUGAAUCCCCUGAAUCCUUUGAACCCCCAACCCCUGAAUCCUCUGAAUCCCCAACCCCUGUAUCCCCAACCCCUGAAUCCUCCAAAUCCCCAACCUCAGGAUCCCCCGCCCUCCUAUGCCUACGCGAUGUACUCCUCCAUUCCUCAGUCUAAACAAUAUGGCACUAAAAUGUAAAUAGCUGCCUUCAAUGUCUAAUGUGUAACAUUUAGAAAUAGAUUAGUGUCUGUAAAAUGAAAAAAGAAGACAUUUAAAAUAAGCCUCUUAUAUGUCCCUGAGGCAAGGGUCUUACUUUUCUUGUGCCAACCCAUUUCUACAGCAGCCUGGAUGGACAAACAUCCGCCAGAGCACAUGCAUGUAAGUUUGUUGCUGCUUUAGCGUUUGUAAAAAGUGAUGGUUCGCUGGGAGACUUGUCACGUGACCUACAGGUGAGCAAAUGUGUGUAUUACUGUGACGAUACAUUACAGGCACUACAAUACAGGGUGUAAAUGAUUGUGUAGGUAUUUUAAGACGGUAGUCUUGAUGUAAACCGUAAUAAUGUAAAUAUAAAUGAGACAAUAAAAUGUAACGUAAUACUG